AUGCCGCCCUUCACCGAGACCGACACGACCAUCUACCGCAAAGACGUUGCCUCAGGCGGCCGGGUCCUCACCCGAGCGGAGCGAGAAAAGCUGCUGAAGCCAUACCUCCCACCACCGAAGUCGACAACCGAAUCCAAUGCUCCAGACGCUCUCAUCUCCCAACAAAAGUAUGGUCGACGACGUCGAAGACGAGUACGAGUACGCCCCUUCAUCAAGACCAAAAUCCACGCCCUCCUCUUCUUCCUGAUCCAACUCGUUUUCGGCAUCUACAUCCGCCUCCGGCAAAUCUACCACGCGACACUUGACCGACUCCUCGCAAUCAGACACUACCACCACCGGACACCAGAACUGAUCCGCCGCGACGUACAGAACCUAACCCGCCUACCCGAGCAUUUGAGCGUGAUCCUGAAAUUUCACCCACAAGAAGACGGCGCACUCGAGACAUUGAUGGACGAAGUGGCCGAGCUCUGCGCCUGGUCGGCAGCCGCAGGAAUCCCACUCCUAAGCGUCUAUGAGAAAUCAGGCAUCCUAAAGACAUACGUGUCGUCCCUACAAGAACUGAUCGACCAAAAGCUCGCAUCGUACUUCGGGCCACCGCCCGCUGCACCAUUACUCACGGUUUUUGCGCCGAAUCAUCCUACGAACCUUUCGCGGUCGCCGUCACCAGCACCGCCCUCGCAUAAAACAACCCACAAUCCCCAAAACACGGCAUACAACGAAAGACAACGAUUAAAUCUUCUUCUCCUCUCUGCCACCGAUGGGAGAGACACCCUGGUCGAUCUGACGCGCACCCUGGCCGAGAUGGCUCAGGCGGGCAAGAUCGAUCCCAAGGAUAUCACGUCCAAUUUGAUCAAUGCCGAAAUCAGCGCCACCACCUCAAUUUCAAAUCUGCGCGCGCCAGAUGGGCACACGAGAGAGAUCGAUCUGGCUGAGCCCGAUCUGGUCAUCAUAUUUGGACCUUACGUCAAGUUGGAUGGUUAUCCGCCUUGGCAGAUCCGGCUUAGCGAAAUCUUCUGUGUUGGCGACUCGGGCGGUGAUGUGUCGGGCAGUAGUAGCACGAGGGUCGAGUACCAGGCUUUCUUGAGGGGUUUGUGGAAGUACGCUGGUGCGGAAAUGAGGUUCGGUAGAUGA